AUGCGUUAUCCGAUGACCAACAAGCACUCGUCUCCAUCGGGAUCGCCAAGGAAGAGGUUGUUUUCAGCGAAGAGAGUGGGAAGUAAGGAACAACAAUAACAGAAAUGCAAAGUUACUGCUUCUAUAAAAACUGGAUCAUCGAUAGAAACAUUAAAGGAAGUGUUAUUGAAACAGACACAACUGAGUAAUAAGCAUGCGAACAACUUGAAUUAUUUUGUGCAGAAUAACAAGAGAGAGAGUUAGAAUAAAUUGGAUACGAAGACGAGUGAUUCCACAGAGAGAGUAAAUAUACGACAAGGCACAUUGUCUAAGGAAAAAACAACAAUUUCUGAAUUGACAACAAAAAAAACUAGUAUAACCAGAAGUGAGUUUGAAUGGAAUAAAUGUUAAUUGCCCCUUACUCCCCAGGUUUGUUUGGCUAAGUACGGUUACGCAUUGACGGAAUUUGAAAAGACCGAGAUUCUGACAUUUAAGAGAAUUUAUUGUAUAGGAAUAAAUGCCAAGAAAAUAUCAUAAACAUAAAAUAAUUUCAAUGACGGAUUCGACAACUCCCAAGGAGAAUACCUCUAUGCAUUGCAUGAUCACAUUGGUUAUAGAUAUGAAUUGUUGGAACAUGUAGGAUCUGGCAGUUUUGGACAAGCAUUCAAAGUCUUUGAUCACAAGAGACAACAAGUCCUCUGUUUGAAAGUCAUCAGAAACCAGAAGAAGUUCUAGAAUCAAGCUUUGGUUGAGUUGAACAUCCUCUCCUUCAUCCGAGACAAGGAUGAGGAGAACAUCACAAACAUAGUCAAAAUCAAAGACUUUGUGAUCUUCAGAAAUCACGUGUGCAUAAUAUGUGAACUCUUGUCACUGAAUUUGUACGAACUCAUUAAGAAUAACAACUACCAAGGCUUAUCAUUAGAACUCAUCCGUAGAUUUGCCAUUCAAAUACUCAACGCCCUCAACUUUCUGUACAAACAUAAGAUUAUCCAUUGCGAUCUCAAACCAGAGAACAUCCUCUUAAAGUAACCCAACAAGAGUGGCAUCAAGAUAAUUGAUUUCGGCAGCAGUUGCUUUGAAAAUGAAAGAAUCUAUAGUUACAUCUAAUCCAGAUAUUACAGAGCUCCAGAAGUCAUUUUUGGCAUUCCAUAUGACAUGGGUAUAGACAUGUGGAGCUUUGGGUGUAUAAUGGCUGAGUUGUACAUAGGUUAUCCUAUUUUUCCUGGUGAGAAUGAACAAGAACAAAUUGCUUAUAUUAUGGAAGUCAAGGGAGUCCCAGAUCAAUCCUUGAUUGAGAAAGCUACCAGGAAGAAACACUUUUUCACUUCCAGUACACCUUAUCAGCCAUUGCCUUAUAAGAGUAAGAGAGGUAAAGUAAGAGUUCCCAAAUCAAAAGACCUAUAAUAAGUCAUGAAAUGUCAGGAUAAAUUGUUCAUUGACUUUCUGGAUAAUUGUUUCAAUUGGGAUCCUCAGUAAAGAAUGAAACCCAUAGAUGCUUUGAUGCAUUAAUGGAUUCUGGAGGGAUUACCCAAAGAGAUACGAUCACAACACAUCAAAUAUUUAGAAUCCGAACAGAUGACUUAAAAGGUGUUCUUUAAAAAUAAUGAAACUAUUCGCCAUCAUCACAUCUCUGAACCUGAAAUGGAAAAAAAGAAAUCCAGCAGUAGUUAUAGUUAGAAGAAGUCGAAGGACAAAGAUAUAACUCUCACUCUCUAUGGAAAUCUUAAUAAUGACACUACUCCACAAAACAAGCGCAUUCUAUCAUAAUCAUUUCAUACGUCCAAAAAUGGAAGUAAUUAAAAGUAUUAACAGUAUUUUCCUGGAACAACAAAAAAUUAACCCUUAAAAUACAAGUUUUAUUGA